AUGCGCUUCCGGUUGAGACACGCGUGGGGAAUCAUGAAACGGCUAACUGUAGGGACUGUCUUUCGGGAGACAGGCGUUGCGCCGCUGAGGGAUCGCAAUAAGCGAUAUACGACACCUGCUUUUUGUUCUGUUUGUAUGACUCCUCCCGCUGAUGCAUGGCGUCUGAUGACCUUUCUUUCUUCUUUUUGUGUGCACAAAGUUACCCAUUCGAAGGCGUGUACACUUUUUGCUACACCGGCACGGGAAGCUCUUAAGCGGAACCGGAGCGGGGAAUCAGGAAUCCACUGCCUCUCUCUACAGCGAUUCUGUCUCGCAAAGCCGAUCAAAGGAUUCUGCCCAUAA